AUGCUCGGCGACCCCGAGCUCGACGUCUUGGCAGGGAUUCUAGUGAAGUUUUGCAGGCGCAAAGCCGGUGGACGUGGAGGCCUGAGCUGCAAUGUCACCAGCACGGCCACGGCGCUCGGCAUCAGCCAGGCAGACGCCAAGGAGGCACUGCGCCGCGCGGCCACGGCCGCCGCGUGCCAGCUGCGCGAGGCGGACGCGCUGCGGCUGCUGCUGCAGCACCACGCGCCCGCGCGCCUGGAGUACCCGCGCGCGGCGUGCCCGGCGUGCGGCGCGCUGGAGAGCCUGACGGUCAAACGGCUGUGUCACGCGGCGAUCUUGACCGCGCAUCACGAGCUCGCGCCCUGCCUGGAGGUGGUGCAGUCCUGCACAGCCUGCGGCGCCCACGUGUACCCGCGGCACUACACCCUCAAAAAGGGCUCCGCGGCGGCCCGGGCGCGCCGUGUGGUAGCCCUGGCCAUCGAGGAGCUGCCCUUCAUCGAGGCGGUCCAGGGGUGA